UUGUAGUUCAGUAUUGUGAAUCGUUCAAUCGAACUUUUCUGAACUUCUCCGCACAACUCUACUUAUUAUUUUUCACUAGCAGAAGUAAAGUUGAGAAAAGGCAAUUGAGAAUAUUAAAAUCGGCCUGCACAAUGAGCGCGCCGAGCAAUAAAAUGUCGGCAACAGAUCAGAUGCGUGCAAUGCUGGAUCAACUAAUGGGCACCACACGAAACGGAGACGAUGGACGCGGCCUCAAAUUCUCAGAUGCACGCGUCUGCAAGUCAUUUCUGUUAGAUUGCUGCCCGCACGAUAUUCUGGCAUCCACGCGCAUGGAUCUCGGUGAGUGUCCCAAAGUGCAUGAUCUGGCUUUUCGUGCAGAUUAUGAAAGCGCGUCCAAGUCGCGUGACUAUUACUACGAUAUCGAGGCCAUGGAGCAUUUGCAAGCGUUCAUAGCGGACUGUGAUCGACGCACAGACUCAGCCAAGCAACGGUUGAAGGAAACGCAGGAGGAGCUGACGGCAGAAGUUGCCGAGAAAGCCAAUGCAGUACACAGCCUGGCGGAAGAGAUUGGAAAAAAGCUGGCCAAGGCCGAGGCACUUGGAGAAGCUGGCGAAGUAGAAGACAGCAUGGAACUCAUGAAGGAAAUUGACGAGCUGCGCGGCAAAAAGAUCAAAGCCGAGCAUGAAUACAGAACCUCAAUGCCAGCGUCCACCUACCAGCAGCAGAAGCUACGCGUUUGCGAGGUAUGCUCCGCUUACCUGGGCAUACAUGACAAUGACAUCCGUCUGGCGGACCACUUUGGUGGUAAGUUGCAUCUGGGCUUUCUCACUAUACGCGAAAAACUUAUCGAGCUGGAGAAGACGGCUGCACCGCGGAAGGCGGAAUUAAAGCGCUCGGGUAAGAUACCAGAUCGAGAAGAGGAUGGCCGAGGCAGAAAUCGGUACUUUGUAGGUGGCCGCGAACUAGACCGUCGCUCGCGGGUUCAUCGCUCUCGUUCCAGAGAGCGCCAGCGGCAACGUGAUGCAGAAAAACAAGGCAAUGACAGAUCCAACGAUAGAAGCGACGAGAGAGCAAGUGCCCGAGAGGUUGAUAGUGAGCGAUCUGCGCCCCGCGGACGCGAUAUUGACAGCCGCGGCUCUGGACGUGGAGGAGCAAGUGGUGGCGCCGACAACAACGUUCGCGAUCAUCGCGAUAGAGAUCAGCGUGAUCGAAGGGACAGAGAUCGCAACAUGCGCAAUGACAGAGGACGGUAUGGAGGAGGUGGCGGUGGUAGUGGCGGUGGCGGAGGCGGAGGAAGCGGCGGCAGUGGUGGUGGCGGCGGUGGCGAUCGUCGCAAUGAAAGGCGUCGAUCACGUUCGAGAGAACGUUCGCCACGAGAUCGCCGCAACUACAACAAUAACAAUAACUUUGGAAACAGGCGCCGCUCCUUCUCCCGCGAACGCUAUCGCCGCUAAAUAUAUCGAAGUUAACAUCAAGAUCCAGUGGACUCCAGUUCCACACGGCAGUGUCCAGCGCACGUACGUAGCAUAAAUAACAACCACAACAGAAAAAAAAAAAAACAAACAAUAGAGCAGGAGAAACGAACUAAUUGCAUUAUUAUUUAAUUAAUAAAUGACUUAAAUACACACUUAGACAGCAAGUCA